AGAUUGAGAUGUACAGCAGGCAAGGGUUUUCAAGUCUGCCCAUCUGCAUGGCCAAGACUCAGUAUUCACACAAUGCAGCUGAGAAGGGAGCCCCUAGCAGCUUUGUCCUACCAAUAAGGGAUGUGAGGGCUAGUAUUGGGGUUGGAUUCAUAUACCCUUUGGUGGGAACAAUGAGUACAAUUCCAGGACUUCCUACAAGGCCAUGCUUCUACGAAAUCGAUCUCGACACCACUACUGGAAAGGUUAUUGGUCUCUCUUGAACAAGGCCUCUAUACUUUGGCCAAAGUUUGGAUCAAGGGCAGACUUUUCAUUACCAUGGUUUGAUGGUUUUGCUAAAAUUUUAUCAUGCCA